UUCCUUGUGAUCUCCGUAGGUUAUUUCAUUUUAAUCCCUGUUACUCUCUGCAAUUCGUAAGUGUCACGCUGUGAUAAGGAUAUGGCAAAUCCCGAAACUCCUGGAAAAGAGGAGGUGGAAGCUGGCGACGGGUUUGUUGAAGAUGUGGACGAUACCGAUGAUGCCGAAGGAGAUGCCAAGCUAGCGUGCCUGAAUGAUGUGCUGAAAGAUCCAACGAUGUUGGCCGCCAUGCAAGCUAAAAUCCGUUCAGAAGAUCAUGCAGCAGCUCAUGCAGUGUUCAUGCAAUCGCUUCCUUCAUCCGUAAAACGACGCAUUCAUGCCCUCAAAAAGCUGCAGCUGGCUUCUGCGAAAGUGGAGGCCGACUUUUAUAAAGAAGUUCAUACGCUGGAGGUGAAAUAUUUGGAAUUGUACAAAGACCAGUACGAGAAGCGAGCAAAAAUUGUCAACUCCGAAUAUGAACCUAAUGACGAUGAAUGCGAGUGGCCCUCGGAUGAUGAAGAGGAGAAUGCCAAGAGCGAAGCUGAUCAAGCGAAAGAUAAAUCAAAAAGUGAAGCGAAGGCGGAAGGUGAUGCUGGCGCUGAUAUCAAGGGCAUUCCGGAUUUCUGGCUUACUAUCUUCAAGAACGUGGAGAUGUUGAGCGAAAUGGUUCAAGAGCAUGACGAACCUGUUUUGAAGCACCUUUCAGACAUCAAAGUGAAGCUCACGCAAGAGCCCAUGGGUUUCGAGCUCGAGUUUUUCUUCACACCGAACGAAUACUUCAACAACUCCGUUCUUACCAAGAAAUACGAGUUCAAAUGUGAGCCAGAUCAAGAUGACCCGUUCAGUUUCGAAGGGCCGGAAAUUGUCCGUUGUCACGGCUGCAAGAUCGACUGGAAGAAGGACAAGAACGUGACCGUUCGAAUCGUCAAAAAGAAGCAGAAGCACAAAGGCCACGGGGGUGUUCGAGUCGUACCGAAGACCGUUCCUAACGACUCGUUCUUCAACUUUUUCGAUCCCCCAGUUCUGAAGGAAGAUGAAGAAGAACAAGACGAAGAUCUACAACAAAUUCUCACGGCUGAUUUUGAACUCGGCCAUUUCAUCCGUGAACGUAUCGUCCCGCGUGCUAUUUUGUAUUAUACGGGAGAAGCUCUUGAUGAGGAUGAAGAUGAUGAUUUCGAGGAUGAAGACGACGAGGAUGAGGAUGAUGAAGACGGGGAGGACGAGGAUGAUGAGCCCCCAGUUACGUCUCGGUCGAAGCGCCGUCAUUGAGAGAAGGAUCGCGCCCUGUCGUAAUGAGUCACGUUUGAAAUGAAGAGACAGCGUUUCGCUAGCUUUAUUUCCGUUCCUUCGUUCGUACGUCUUGCUGGUGUCGGGCAAACAACUCUUCUGUGCGAGUCUCUUUACUGCGAUCCUGAAAAUGCAAGAUGAUGAGAGACAAA